AUGGACGACAAAAACGACUAUCACGUGGGCAGCUACUCCCCGAAUGGCACAGAUGCAGAGAAAGGACCUCCGAUCUAUACUUCCGAGGCUCCUGCCGUACCCACAGAGAUCUUCCUCACUGGCGAUUCGGCGUACGCCAAGAUCCAGCGAGCAGUCUUCCAAUUCGGUGUUGAGCCGCGAGGAAUUGAAAGAGUACCGGAAGAUGAGAGGACGGAUACGAAUUUGAUGAAGGUUGGGACAAUGUGGUUCUCUGCGAAUAUGGUGGUCUCAUCCUUUGCUAUUGGCGCAUUGGCUAUUCCAGUCUUUAGUCUUGGUUUCGUGGACUCCCUCCUCACCAUCUUCUUCAUCAAUUGUCUCGCCAUUACUCCCGUUGCCUUUUUCUCCACAUUUGGCCCCCGCUUUGGUCUGCGCCAGAUGGUGCUCUCUCGCUACUUCUUCGGUUUUCACGGCGUCAAAGUUAUUGCAUGCUUCAACGUCCUCGCCUGUGUGGGCUGGUCCGCCGUGAAUGUCAUAGUCGGCGCCCAGUUAAUCAACGCCGUCAACACCAACGUCCCUGGCUACGCUGGCAUCAUCAUAAUCGCGGCGGCGACGUGGAUUGUCACCGUCUUCGGCUACAAAGUUGUGCAUGUCUACGAGUUCUGGUCGUGGAUCCCUAGUCUGAUCAUCUUCCUCAUCGUACUCGGCGAGUUCGCGCACAGUGGGAAAUUCAGAAAUCUGCCAAUGAACAGCGGUAGCACGGAAGCGGGUUCGGUUCUAUCAUUUGCGGCAUCUGUAUUCGGCUUCGGAACCGGCUGGACGAGUUAUGCAGCCGAUUACACCGUGUAUCAACCCGUAUCAGUCUCACGAGUCAAAACUUUCGCCUGGACAUGGGGCGGUCUCAUCUUGCCCCUCUGUUUCACCGAAAUGCUUGGUCUAGCUGUUGCAACAGCGACCCUCGACCCAGUCGACACCAGCUACGCAGACGGCUACAAUCAAUCCGGCAUCGGCGGACUCCUGGCAGCCGUGCUUUUCCCACCCCUUGGCCGCUUCGGCCAAUUUUGUCUUGUCAUCUUAGCUCUCAGCAUUAUCGCGAACAAUUGCCCCAAUAUCUACAGCGUGACCUUCAGUCUGCAACUGCUGGGUCGCUGGACGCAGGCCGUACCGCGUUUUAUCUGGACAUUCGUCGGCACCCUCGUAUACUGCGCUAUCGCUAUCCCAGGCUACAGCCACUUCGCGCAGGUUCUUGAGGACUUCAUGCUGUUGAUCGGCUACUGGCUGGCAAUCUACGAAGGCAUCUCCCUAACCGAGCACUUCAUCUUCAAGCAGCGCAAAUACGAUAUCACCAUAUGGAACAAUCCGGGCCUGCUCCCGCCCGGUAUCGCCGCGGUGUUCGCUUUCUGCUUCGGAAUCUUCGGCGCCGUGAUGGGUAUGUCGCAGGCGUGGUUCAUCGGUCCCAUAGGCAAGAGGAUCGGGGACCCGAAGUAUGGGGGUGAUGUGGGCUUCGAGCUGGCCUUUGCGUUUAGCGCCGUCAGUUUUGCGGUGUUUAGGAGUUUGGAAAAGAAGCAGUUCGGGCGGUAG